GUUGACAAACUAUAGGACAGUCUUUGGUAAGGAGGAUGCCAGUACUACCUCCCUGCCACCAAAAUCUCAAGAGUCAGUGCCGUACUACAGACAAGCAUCUGAUAUAGAAAAGUUGUCAAAAACAGAUUACGAGUAUACUAUUAUGAUUUUACGAUUCAGUUCAAAACGCGGUCUAUUUCGUGUAUCUGUUGAACCCUCUGAUUCGGUGAAACGCGUAAUUGAGAAGAUCCAAGAGUUUUUUGGAAACUCAGUGCCAGUUAAGGCGAUUUAUUUGUCCAAACAACCAUCUAAGGAGAAGGUUCCCUGUACAUCAUUCGAAGGAAAGACCGUUGGUGAUGCAGGCUUUAAACACGGAGAUAUGUAUUCAGUUACGGUAGAUGAGGACGUCGUACAAGCUGCUGCUCCGUCCACUGCCAAGAUUGAAACCAAGAAUGUUGAGCGGAAAGAUACUAUUUCACAAAACAACACAUCAGCUCCUACUCAAGUUCAACAGGAUGAUGUUGAUAACGAAUUAGAAAAAGAAAGAGGUCUUAUUCAACGUCCCCGCAGUGUAUUUUGUCAUCACGGAGACAAGGGCAUGUGCGAUUACUGUUCUCCUCUAGAAGCAUACGAUCCUAAAUACCUCGAGGAGCAAAAAAUCAAACAUCUUUCUUUUCACGCCUAUUUGCGAAAGCUGAAUGCUACUACGAAUAAGUUGAACAGUAGUCAGUCCUUUAUCCAUCCCCUUGAGGAACCUGAUUACCGUGUAAAAAAGCAUUGUCCAUCCGGGCAUCUUCCAUGGCCCGCUGGUGUUUGCACAAAAUGUCAACCUUCAGCUAUCACGCUGACACAGCAGUCGUUUCGUAUGGUUGACCAUGUUGAGUUUUCCUCCUCUCAAGUCAUAAACUCCUUCCUGGAUUCCUGGCGUCAAACAGGACAACAACGCAUUGGCUACAUGUAUGGACGCUACCAAAAAUAUGAGAAUGUGCUUCUUGGAAUCAAAGCUGUCGUGGAGCUGAUCAUCGACCCUGCUCAGGUUUCGGAAUCGGACGGCGUUACACUCCAAAACCCUUGGGACCGCGAGGCCGAAGUGGAUAAACUUGCUGCCGCUUGUGGUCUCCGGCGAGUUGGUAUCAUUUUUACAGACCUUGUGGACGAUGGUUCGGGCAAGGGAACUGUGCUUUGUAAGCGCCAUGCUGGCUCCUACUUCUUAUCCUCACUCGAGACAUACAACUCGGCGUACUUCCAGAGUCAGACGCCUAAUCCCAGCAAAUGGAGCAAAAGCGGACACUUUGGCUCUAAGUUUGUUACUUGUGUUCUUUCGGGCAACGAGAAAGGCGAAAUUGAAGUGAUGGCGUAUCAAGUUUCUAACACUGCUGUUGCUUUACUGCAAGCGGACUUGAUUAAGCCAACCGUGGAUCCAGACCGUAUGAUGGUUUGUUUGGAAGAACCAGGACGUUAUGUGCCAGAUGUGAUGUACAGUGAGGUAAACGAAUAUGGAAAGGCGGUAUCAGUGAACGCGAAGCCCGCGUUCCCUGUCAGUUUCCUACUUGUUACUUUGACUCAUGGAUUUCCAGAGAAUCCACGCCCGAUGUUCAAAUCAACAGUUUCGCCUCUGGCUGCCAACUUCGAUGCCGGUGACGAAACAUUCCGACUUCGUCAACUGGCCAAACUGUUUGAGCCAUCUGCCUUGGACAAUGGUAGCCUUUCUAAUUUCGAUGUGCUUCUGCAUAUUCAACAAAUGGGCAUUCUUGACGAUACUGAUAUGAGAGUCCUCGCAUCAUUUGCCAGUGAUCCAUCCCAUGAACAUUCGGCUGAAUUGAAUGCACGGCCCAAUUGGCAAACGCUCCUAGCCAUCCUUCAAAGUAGCCUGUAA